CUCUGAGGCCCAGCCAAUGAGAGGGCACGUUCGCUUUACGCCAUAGGUCAAAGGUUGCAGCGAUGGACGCUUCUCAAAUGUAAACAGUCUUGUCUGUUUGGAGGGCAGCUGUGAGACAUGAGGCUUUUAUCGAAGGCAGUGCAGUCUGCUGUGGGUCAGAGGGAGUGGAGCCGCAGACACUUCUGGGGCUGGCUCAAUGCGGUCUUUAACAAGUGAGACAACACUGUUACACGGGGUGGACUACGAAAGGAUCAAAGCUGUUGGUCCAGACCGAGCUGCAGCAGAGUGGCUGCUGAGAUGCGGUGCCAAAGUGAGGUUUCAAGGUUUCGAUCGCUGGCAACACGACUACAAUGGACUGCCAACUGGGCCUCUGGGCAGAUACAAGAUCCAGGCGAUAGACGCUACUGAAUCCUGCAUCAUGUACAGAGGCUUUGACCACCUGGAUGGCUUGGAACAUGUGGAGGAAAUCAAGUUUAACAAGUGUAUCUACAUCGAGGACACCUGCCUGGAGAGGCUGAGCUCAGUAGAGAAUCUGCAGGAGAGUUUGAACACGAUGGAGGUGGUGUCGUGUGGGAACGUAACCGACAAAGGCAUCAUCGCCCUGCACAGACUGAGGAAUCUGGAGACUCUGUUUCUCAGUGAUCUUCCCGGAAUCAAAGACAAACAAACGACAGUUGACAGACUACAGACGGCACUCCCACGUCUGGACGUAUCACUGGACCUGGACUGAUUGAGAAACAACUUCCUGUUAUAAUUGUAAAACACGGAUGCCUUUUAAAAAAAAAAAAAAAAAAAAAAAAAAAAGA